AUCUCGUCAGCUUCACGCCUUCCAUCCUCUGCCAUCACCUUCAUCCAUCUCGCUUUGCGCCCCCUUCUCCACCCUCCCCCAUACCUUGCAUUCAAGACCAUUACCUCUAGUGGCAAUUGAUUCUUCUACUUACUACCUGCCCUGUGUCUUAAAACUCUAGGACUAUGGGUAACCAGCAGUCCAACAUCGGCGGAGGCCCCGGUGGGGAUGGAAGAGACGACAAGGAUAAGAAGAAGGAUAAGCCCAGAUAUGAACCACCCCCUCCCCCUACGACUCGUCUCGGACGCAAGAAGCGCAAGGCUGCCGGCCCGAGUACGGCUUCCAAGCUUCCCGAUAUCUUCCCGACCUCACGAUGUAAACUACGAUACCUCCGCAUGCAGCGGGUCCACGAUCACCUCCUGCUAGAAGAAGAAUACGUUGAGAACAUGGAGCGUCUGCGCAAGACCAAGGCUCAGGCUGCUCUGGAUACCGCUAGCCGGAGCGACCUCGAAAUCACGGACAGAAAUGCAGAUGAGAGGAGCCGGGUCGAUGACAUGAGAGGUAGCCCUAUGGGCGUCGGCAACCUGGAAGAGUUGAUCGAUGACGACCACGCCAUCGUCUCCAGCGCCACUGGGCCAGAGUAUUACGUCUCCAUCAUGUCUUUCGUCGAUAAGGAUCUGCUCGAACCGGGUGCCAGUAUCCUCCUGCACCACAAGUCGGUUUCCGUGGUUGGUGUGUUGACCGAGGAGUCCGACCCGCUCGUCUCCGUGAUGAAACUCGACAAGGCGCCCACGGAGUCGUACGCAGAUAUUGGUGGUCUCGAGACUCAGAUCCAGGAGGUCCGGGAAUCCGUCGAGCUUCCGUUGCUCCACCCUGAGUUGUACGAGGAGAUGGGCAUCAAGCCCCCUAAAGGUGUCAUCCUUUACGGUGCUCCGGGUACCGGAAAGACUCUGCUGGCCAAGGCUGUCGCCAAUCAGACCAGUGCCACUUUCCUGCGUAUCGUUGGUAGUGAGCUGAUCCAGAAGUAUCUCGGAGAUGGUCCCCGCCUGGUUCGACAGAUCUUCCAGGUUGCCGCCGAGCACGCCCCGUCCAUUGUCUUCAUUGACGAAAUUGAUGCUAUUGGUACGAAGCGUUAUGACUCCACGUCCGGUGGUGAGCGAGAAAUCCAGCGUACCAUGCUUGAGCUUCUCAACCAACUGGAUGGUUUCGACGACCGGGGUGAUGUCAAGGUCAUCAUGGCUACCAACAAGAUUGAGACUCUGGAUCCUGCCUUGAUCCGUCCCGGACGUAUCGACCGAAAGAUUCUCUUUGAGAACCCGGACCAAAACACUAAGAAGAAGAUUUUCACUCUGCACACGUCGAAGAUGUCGUUGGGUGACGAUGUCGACUUGGAUGAGUUCAUUAACCAGAAGGAUGACCUUUCUGGUGCUGACAUUCGGGCCAUUUGUACUGAGGCUGGUUUGAUGGCUUUGAGAGAACGCCGGAUGAGGGUGCAGAUGGAUGACUUCCGUGCUGCCAGGGAGCGCAUCAUGAAGACCAAGCAGGACGGUCAUCAAUUCGACAAAAUGGAGGGAUUCGACGAGGACGCUUUCAAGAAGUUCUUCCCGACCAGCUUUGGCCGGCAGGAGAAGAAAACCGACGUGAGCACUCAGAUUGAUCGCACCAAGCGCACCGAAGUUGCCGCGAAAAUCGACAGCGACAACGAGCAGACGCAAUCGAAUAGCGAUGCCGCUACCGAGGCGCAGGCCAUACCUGAGCCAGCGGAAAGGGAGGCGAAACCCGACAGUGAUGAUGGGAGCGACGAUUCCGACUCCGACGACGAUUCAGAAGACGACGAGGACGAGUUUCCCGUCUCCCACGAGAUGUUACUCAAGACCCACGACCGCGCGGUGACUACAUUGACGGUUGACCCCUCGGGGUCACGAUUGAUUACCGGCUCCACGGACUGUACGAUUAAACUGCACGACUUCGCUUCCAUGACGCCGUCGACUAUCCGCGCCUUCAAGUCGGUCGACCCAUCCGCGAAGAAACAGUCCGCCGCCCAAGAAGCGCACGCCGUACACUACGUUGCCUUUAACCCUCUGGCCCCGACCUACGUGAUGGUCGUCUCCGCUACCGCGCAGCCGAGGAUUCUGAAUCGCGAUGGUGAUACGGUUACCGAGUUCGUCAAGGGUGAUAUGUACUUGAGGGAUCUCCAUAAUACCAAGGGCCAUAUCUCGGAGGUGACGAGCGGAGCAUGGAGCCCGACCGACGAGAACUUGUGCGCCACGGCUGGCACAGACAGCACGGUGCGCAUCUGGGAUGCGAAUGUAGGCAGGACGCAGAGAGAAGUCAUUGUGCAUAAAUCCAGGAUGGCUGGAUCCGCUGGUCGGAGCAAAAUGACGGCUGUCGCUUGGGGUUCGCCUAAACAGGGAGGUUCCAAUGUUCUCAUCGGUGCGGCUCUUGAUGGAAGCUUGAUGAUGUGGGGUGGUGAUGGGCCAUUCACUCGCCCGAGUGGUGAGGUUCGGGAUGCUCAUACAAGAGACACCUGGACGAGCGGCAUCGCCAUCAGCUCCGACGGCAGGUUGGUAGUCACUAAAGGCGGAGAUGACACGAUCAAGCUCUGGGACACGAGGAAGUUCAAGAAGCCGAUCACGACCGUCUCUCACCCGUCCAAUUCUCGCUAUUCGACGUCGAACAUUAUCUUUUCACCCUCCUCGGCAAAUGUUCUUACCGGCUCUGAAACUGGCCACUUGCAUAUUUUGAAUCCUGCUACGCUGAAGCCCGAGCUUGUUACACCAAUUACUCCCGGAUCCCCUGUCAUCAGUGUCUUAUGGCACGAGAAGAUGAACCAGAUUCUCACCGGCUCUGCGAACGCCGAGACGCAUGUUCUCUAUAACCCGAACAUGUCGACGAAGGGUGCAGCCUUAGUCAUGUCUAAGGCUCCGAAGCGCCGCCACAUCGAUGACGACCCUAGUCUCACCAUGGAUCUCAGCCAGGGCAUCUCCGGAGAUUCUGUUGUGGUAGGAUCGAACGGUGUCCCCCACUACAGCUCAUCUACUUGGUCUGCCCGCCAUCCGACCAUUGGAUUGACGGCUUCAGGACGUCCCAAGGAUCCCCGAAGACCUCACAUGCCAGCGGCGACUCCAUUUGCCAAGUCGCAACCGGAUGAAAAACAUAUCCGGGAGAACAUCCCUCUCAGUUCCAUGCGGGAUGAAGAUCCUCGGGAGGCCCUGUUGAAGUAUGCGGACAAGGCCGAAAAGGAUCCGAUCUUUACGAAGGCCUGGAAGGAAACACAGCCCACGCCCAUCUAUCGGGACAUUAGCGAUGAUGAAGACCAGAAGCCAGAUAAAAAGCGGGCACGGAGGUAGACGGUAAGGCGUGUUUUGCUUGCUAGUUCCAUCGGUCGUUGCGACCGCAGUCUCUUUUGGGAGAUCUCUGGCAAUACUUGUAUAUUUCUUAUAUCCCGAUGGCGUUUAAGGUGUGCAACGGAAACCUCAAUAAGACCGGAAAAGAUACCAUGGUCAAGUGGAGACGACUUCGGAGAUCCUUCAAUUCGGAGUCAUAGACGUGUUUACAUGUAGGAUGACCAAAACUUGAACCAGUUCAUGCUUGAUGACGUUGGACCGACAGGGAGGGAGCGGAGAAAGAACAGGCGCCGCCUCAUUCCUCGGAUCGCGGUGUAAGAAAUGCCAAUGACUGCUUGACAUAGAAGUAGAAGUAUAAGGAUGUAGUAUUUGAACAGAGGCUAUGAUCCUCCUCAUCUUUAGC